UAUCGGCCGCAUGAAAUUGUAUUUCGCUGUUGCUCUAGUUGAACCUUGGAGGUAUUUCGAACAGCCUCUUCGCCUACCGAGGCGCACGUUCGUAGUUCAGUGCAAAAUUAGAAGUGGUUUAAAAAUAAAAAGUUCUUAGUACCUGUGAUAUAUAAAAUUACAAUAUUUACGUUCAGUGCAGAUUUUAAUUAAUCUUGAAAAAUGUUCAGCGGGAUUGCAGACAAAAACCUUGGAGCCUUCCGAAGCAUCGGAGAGAAGACAGCGUCGCUCUUCGAGCGCAAGAAGAAAGAUGCUGAACAGGUGGCUGCGGAGAAGGCUGAGGAGGCCGCCCGCGUCGUGGAAGACCAGGUCAAGAAGGCCGGGGAGCUAGUCGCUGGAGCGCAGUCGUCUGCCGAUGACGCGGCGAACUCAGCCAACGCCGCCAAGAACUCGGCCAUCGAUGCCCUGGACAAGGAGCUGUCGAAGAUGUCUCUGGCGGCUGGAGAGGCGCAGGACGCCGCCAACCGAGCUGUCGCUGAUAGCAAGAAAGUCGUCGACACUGCUAAAGAUACAAUUGUAACAUCCUUCGAUAAUACCAAAAAAUCAGCAGAGGCAGCAGUCAACGCGGCUAAAGAGACCCUAUCAAGCACAGUAGACGCCACACAAAAAGCCGCACAGAGCGCCCGCGACACUGGCAAAUCGUACUCCACUAGUGCCAAAGAUACAACACAAAAGGUAGCCCAAACGGCUGUGGAAACAGGCCAAACUUAUGCUACAUCCGCCAAAGAUACAGUAUCGAACACUGUCCAAAAUACAGUGGAAGGUACUAAGAAUAUUAUACAAAGCGCUGUUGAUCAGAGCAAAGCUUGCGUCGCCAGCGCAAAAGAUACGGUCCAGCACACGCUCGAAAGUGCCCUGGACACGUCAAUGAGCUAUGCAUAUUCGGCUUAUGAUAUCGGCAAAUGCUAUGUUGUUAGCGCUAGAAAUACAGUAUCAAAUACUGUAGAUAAUACUAAACAAGCUACAGAAAGUACAAACAAAACCGGCAAAACAUACGUCGAUUCAGCCAAAGAUACAGUAGCGGAUACGGUAGAUAUGACCAAAAAAACAGCAGCGGCCGUGGUAGAGACAGGCGUAUCAUAUGCCGGUGCCGUUAAAGAUGCAACUAAAACAGCGGCUGCUACGGCUGUUGAAACGGGUUCUUCGUAUUUAGCCAGUGCUAAAGAUACUGUGGCAAAUACUGUUCAUAGCACAGUAGACACAACUAAAUAUGUAACCGCAUCUGCUGUUGAAUGGGGUUCAGCAUUAGUAGGAAGUGCUAAAGAUACCGUUGCUAGUACUGUAGAUGCAACCAAAACCGUAACCACAUCUGCCGUGGAAACAGGCAAUUCUUAUUUGGGAAGUGCAAGAGAUAAUGUCGCAAACACAGUUCAGAGUACUGUAGAUGCAACCAAAACCGUAGCCACAUCUGCCGUGGAAACAGGCAUUUCUUAUUUAGGAAGUGCAAGAGAUAAUGUCGCAAACACAGUUCAGAGUACUGUAGAUGCAACCAAAACCGUAGCUACAUCUGCCGUGGAAACAGGCACUUCUUAUUAUGGAAGUGCAAGAGGUAAUGUCGCGAACACAGUUCAGAGUACUGUAGAUGUAACAAAGAAUGCCGCGGCUUCCGCCAUUGAAAAGGGUUCAGCCUUAGUAGGAAGUGCUAGAGAUACCGUUGCCAGUACUGUAGAUGCUUCCAAAAACGCAGCCGCGUCCGCGCUUGAAAUGGGCACUUCGUAUUUAGAAGGUGCUAGAGAUGCGACUAAAAAUGUGACAGCGUGUGCUGUUGGAAGGGGCACAUCGUAUGUGGAUGCUGCUAAGGAUUCGGCGGCCAAGACAGUCUAUUGUACUGUCGAUGCAACAAAAAAUUUAACAACAUCUGCAGUUGAAAAGGGUACAUCGUAUGUAGGCGCUGCUAAAGAUACCGCAGUGAGCACAAUUUCUAGUACAGUAGACGCUACUAAAAACGUCAUGGCGUCUGCUGUUGAGACCAGUUCCUCAUUUGUAGGCAGUGCCAAGGACACACUUGCAAAUACUGUAGACGCAACCAAGAAUGCGGCGGCAUCCGCUGUUGAUAAGGGGACGUCUUUAGUAGGAAGUGCUAAAGAUACCGUAGCAAGCACAUUACAGAGCACUGUAGAUACGACUAAGAGCUUUGCCGGUAACGUGGUGGAUAAGGGAUCGUCGCUUGUUGGAAGCGCGAAAGACCAAACAAGCUCGAUUUAUAAUACUGAAAAUACUGAGGUUUCUUCAGAGGACGAAGUAGAAGAUACUAAUGACACAAUCCACUCGACGGUAGACAGCACAAAGAAGGCGGCAGAGGAGGCCAAAGCGCAGGCAGCGAAGGCCGCCGAAGACGCCAAGGAGAAGGCCCGACAGGCCGCGGAGGCCGCUGCUGCUGAGGCUAAGAGAGCUGCCAACGCGGCGGUGGAAGAAUCCAAAAAAGCAGCCGAGAAAGCCACAGCGGACGCCAGCAGGGCCCUGCACAGCACCGUUGACAACACGCUGAAGCGAGUGGACGCCGCCGCCGACGAGGGCAUCAAGAACGCCGGACACGUCGUCGACGCCAAGAUCAAGGGCGCCGACAAAUACCUCAGCGGCAAGCGCGACGCGCUGGCAUCGAACCUGUCGGCGACAGUGCACGACGGCUCCGAGGGCGCCGCCGGUCUGCUGAGCAAGGGUCUCUCCGCCUUCCCUAAAUAAAGUAACCAGCGGGCUCCCGCCACGUGUACCUGCAUUCAAACUCCGUUCUACUGGAAUCGCUAAACCACAGUCCACCAUAGACGUGUCAGCAUCACGCUCCGAAGACAUUUUUUUAAUCAUGUUUCACAAGCCUCGUUCCAAGGAUGAUUUUCUUACGCAACUCUUUUUUUAACAUUUUGACUUAAAUCGGUUACAUGAUGAGUUAUUCCUGUGUCCUGUUGCCAUUGUGUAGGAUGCAGCAGAAAAAGAUAUCUCAUUUCAGACAUGCUUUGCCUUGCAUGUAAUGGUGGAGGUUCGCGCCGCGACAGAGACAGAAGACCGCGACCGUCACUUGACAGUUGGCAACAUAUAGGCGACAGUUCGCUAGCGAGACAGCGACAGAGCGACUCUUGUCUCUGUCUCUUGUUUCGAUCGCGAACUGUCGCUUAUAGUUUGCCUAGUCAAGUGACGGUCGCGGUCUUCUGUCUCGGUCGCGUGUCUCUGUCGCGGCACGAACCUCCACCUUUAUGGAUCAUGAUAUUUAUAUUCAAUGUUUUUUGGUAGCCGUUAAUUUAUAUAAAGAAAAAAGCUUAUAAAAAGAAUGACAAAAAACCGCAAUCUAUCUGUAACACAAUUUUCGUUCUCUUGUUGUUUAUUGUUUUAUAUUUUUCAACUGCUGGUACAAUUAGUUUUAAGUUACCUAAGAUAAAAUUGAUUUAAGUUUUACUCAAUAAAUGUUAUUAUUUUAGUAAGAACAAA